AUGGCGGGAGAGGCAGACGACGUUUUUGACGAGGACAUGAUUGUAGAAGUUGCGGCACUUGUGCUGCUUGACGCAUUUGACGAAGGGGAAGAUGAUGACGAAGGAAGAAAAAGCCGAACGAUUCCGAAGGUCGCCCACUAUGCCGAAGAAACAGUCCAAGCCAUGAGGGAAGACACCUUCAAGUCGCACUUUCGACUCCACAGGUCAACUGUAGAAAAGGUGGCAACGCUGUUGGCCCCAGCAUUAGAAUCGGCAACUAUUCACCCCGGACGGCCCACGAUUCCCGCCAUGAAGCAGCUUCUUAUUGUUAUCUGGUCGCUGGCGAAUUUGGAAUGCUUCAGGAGUGCUGGGGACCGCUUCGGUGUUGCAAAGUCUACGGUCUUCCAUUGCGUUCGGAGUGUUGGUUCGGCUCUCUUGGACAGGGCACGUCUCUUCGUUGCCUGGCCUAGCAACUGCCACGAUGCGUUACCCAUCAUACUUUGCUUCCAGGGAAGGGUUUUCCACUGUGUGGUGCUAGAGGCAGUUUGUGAUCAUGAUAUGCGGUUCCUGCACUGUUCAGUUGGUGAGGCAGGCUCAGUGGAUGACGCACGCGUGCUUCGCCGUUCUGAGGUGUAUGGAAUGCUCAACUCAGAUCACUGCCCACUGGACACUUAUCUAGUGGGAGAUGUUGCCUAUCCCAUUGGCCCACAUCUCUUGACGCCAUACAGAGACAAGGGUCACUUGACAGCCAAGGAAAAGAAGUACAAUGUGCAUCUUUCUAGGGAAAGGGUAACUAUCGAGAGGGCAUUUGGACUGCUGAAGGGUCGGUUCCGAAGGCUCUUUCGUGUGGAAACCCGACGACCAGACAUAAUUGUCACCAUCAUCAUUGUGGCAUCUAUUUUUCAUAAUGCUAGCCUGAUGUGGUGUGAUACAUUUGAGGAGCCACACUAG